CCUCCAACAAAUAAUAGAUUCAUUCAAUCUGGUCAUUACAGGAGGUAAGAUUGGGGUGGGCAGGGACCUAAGAAAAUGCCGAAGAGAACAACCCACACGUACUCUAGCGAGGACGCCGCUCCAGAUGGCCCUGACUCUGAUCUCUUCGUCUAUUAUUGCAAGCACUGUGGAUCUCACGUUCUCAUCACUGAUACCCAGUUGCAGAAAAUGCCCAAAAGGAAGACUGACAAAGCUUAUGUGUUGGACAAGAGCAAGCAUCUUGCAAGAUUGAACAUCAGUGAAGCCGGGAAAGUUCUUUUAAAACGAGGUGAAGGGAAAUUGGAGAAGCAAUUUCGAAUGAACUGCAUAGGUUGUGGGCUUUUUGUUUGCUAUCGUUCGGAGGAAGAUUUGGAAGCAGCUUCUUUCAUUUAUGUUGUUGAUGGUGCGCUUAGUACUGUGGCAGCUGAAACUAACCCACAGGAUGCUCCUGUGCCUCCCUGCAUAUCGCAGUUAGAAGGAGGUCUUGUUCAAGUGGCCAUAGAGGUGGAAGACCGUGCACAACGCUCAGCAAUUACAAGGGUAAAUGCUGAUGACGUUAGAGUUACUGUAGCUGCACCUGCUGCUCAUGGUGAAGCGAACAAUGAACUUUUAGAAUUCAUGGGAAAGGUGUUAGGUCUAAGACUGAGCCAGAUGACUCUUCAGAGAGGGUGGAAUAACAAAUCAAAGCUCCUUGUGGUGGAGGAUUUGUCAGCAAGACAGGUGUAUGAAAAACUACUUGAAGCUGUACAGCCCUGAAGGUGCUUCAUUGCUGGAUCUUAAUUUUUGCAAGAUUUUCUUGAUGGUCUGUAUGGUUUGUAUUAGCACAGGUGGGACAUAUAACCGUAUCGUUGAUUAAUGUCAUUAAGUAUCAAAUAUCAGUUGUAGUUACUUUCCAGUUGAUUAAUUCAAAAUUUUAAGCCUCUCAAACAUGAUGGCAUUACAAGCUGAAAA